GCAACCAUGGUCCACCUUUUUUGACCUUCACUCUGCCGACAACAACCCUGCCGCUAUCGACCCUCAUAUCCUCUCACAACCAGCAAACUGACAAUGGAGGCCUCGUCCUCUGCUCCUCAGCAAGCCUCAUCAGCCCUCGGCUCCAUUACAGGCACGAACACGCCUGUCCCUCCAACAACUACCAAUGUAGUCAGCAGUGCGCCUAAUCCUGGAGUCGCACCAGACCAAGUGCCGAUGGAAGAUGUCGUCUCGACCAAUGCUGUCACAGCAGAGGCGAUUGCGCGUCAGAAUCAGACAGUGGUGGAAGAGUUCCAGUACUUGCUGGAAAAGAGUCAACAACUGUUUGCAGGACUGAGGGACCUUCCACCGACUGGAUCCAAGCAAUGGCAGCCUUAUUUCCAAAAGACCUUUGAAAUCUUUUCUAAGCUCUGGAGGUUUCAGCAGCAAAAUCGGUUCGUUCUGGAGAACAGUUAUGGAUUAAAACGAUGGGAAGUUGGCGAGAUCGCCUCCAAGAUCGGACAGCUAUACUAUCAUUACUAUCUACGCACGAGCGAAACGAAUUAUUUACAAGAGUCGUACGUCUUUUACGAUGCAAUCCGCGAGAGACGCUACUUCAAUGAGAUUUCUGAGAUCAAGAGCUCAGCAUUAAUGAUCAAGAAACUCCGCUAUUACGCGCGAUUUACAGUCGUUUGUCUGCUGCUCAACAAUCGCGACAUCAUCUCCACCCUGAAGGACGAGCUGGCAGCGCUAGUAAAGGAGUACAUCGCGAUAUACAGACCGCCCGAUGCUGCAGAAUGGCAGCUCGUUGUCCAAGAAAUCUCGUCCUUCACCGAUGCCGAAAAGCGACUCCAUCCUAUCAAUCCUGCAGGAACUUAUUUGCCGGUGGCUAGGCGUUUGCAGACGAGCAAAGCUAUCUCCGCAGCUUUGGACAAGGAGGGAUCCUCGUCGACCAAGCUCAGGCUUCAGGAGGCCAUCCUUGUGGGCAAUGCGCACAACCAAAUCAAAUUUUCUGAACUGACGAUUGAUAUGUACCGUAUACUGCAAUCCCUUGAGAGGGAAACGUCACAGAUACGAGGCACGGCGGAUGGAGCAGGUAAGGAUACUGUGCCAAGUGCCGUGGUCUCUGCAGUUGCCGCAGGGGCGGCAAGCGAUAUCAAUAGCCCAAACCCAUCUAUAAAGGAAGAGCCGAAUGAGGAGUCGACAAUCGCUCAACGCAGGGCGGAUAAGCUCACCAAACGGCCAAACCCUCACAAGUAUCUGCUCUACCGACCAGCAUUGAGCCAGCUCAUGGUUUUUCUUGCAACAGCAUUCCGGGAGGUAUCCAACGACUCGGCUCUGCUUAUAUACCUUUCUGCGGAUGGUUCAAAGAGACCUGUACCAGACCACUCUGGUACUAAAGGAUAUCACGGUGGUAUAUUAACCAACUCUCGCAAGAUACCGGACAACUCUGAUCCAGAGCAGCAGAGCAUUACGCAUUGUCUGCACCCUGGCGACCUGCUCCCGUUUACAAGAAAGCCUAUGUUUUUAAUUGUAGACAGCAACAACAGCGUGGCAUUUGCAGAGAUGCCCCGAGUUUUCAACUACCCAUUCAUGAGUCUUCUGUCGCCAACUGAAUACCCAGACUCUAUCCCGGAUACAUCCCAAGUCGGUGGACUCUUUACGUUAUUUUUGCACGCACCUCUGCUUGCUUUUAGCUUCAUCUGUGGCAUUCAGCAGAUCAGCCCAGACACAUGGGAGCAGUGCUCCGGAUUGAUCUCACAGGCAGAAGGAAAGAUUGCAGAGUUAAUGGCUACUGCACCCCUAGACAAAUCGGUACGAAGGUUCUUGCAAGACGAGUUCUUGCGCCAGUUUAUGAUUCGCUUUGCGCUCUGCUCCAUCAUCCUCAAGGUCCAUACUGCUUUCACAGAGCCCAAGCAUUUGCCGACGUCAUAUCCAUUGCUGCCAGCAUCCGUACUUGAGUCUCCAGAGGUCUUGUCCAAAAUUCGGUCGUUGGCUGUUCUAGCCAACGCCACUUGCUUUUCAUUCGAAGAUCCUAUUACAGCAUCUCAGGAUCCUGCACCAUAAAGAGUGUUCUUUAAGAGCUGUUACACCCAAAAUCGCACGGCUAAUGAACCGAUAAUACUAAAUAAAUCUAUGUUUAUUAUUGGUCAA